CCAAUAUUCACACAUCACAAAACAAGAAAAAAAAAAAAAAGAGAAAAAAAGAAUGAAUCCACUACCCUUCUUGAUCAUCUUGUUCAUAACCACAAUCCAAUCCACAUCAGCACAAACCCUAAUCAACACAACCUGCAAAACCGCCUCGAAUGACGAUCCGAACAUACCCUACGCCUUCUGCACCACCUCCCUCCUGGCGGCACCCGCCAGCCGCUGCGCCGCCCUACAAGGCCUAGGCUCGAUCUCGAUCCGGCUCAUUCGGUACAACGUGACCGACACGAGGUGCUUCAUCAAGCAACUGAUCAAGGACAAGAAGUGGGACCCGUACCAAAGGCAGUGUUUGGACGACUGCUUUCAGCUUUUCACCGACGCAAUAGAUUCCGUCAAACAGGCCAUGAGGUACUACAAUGCGAAAAAGUUCGACGAUGCUAAUGUGCAGAUAAGCUCGAUUAUGGACGCUGCUAAUACGUGUGAGGAUGGGUUUAAGGAGAGGAAGGGUUUGGUUUCGCCUCUGACGAAGCGAAACGUGGAUGUUUUUCAGUUAUCGGCUGUUGCCCUUUCAGUUAUGAAGAUCGUUCAGACACGAUCGGGGCUAAUUUAGUCUUUUCACUUCCUGAUUCUUUGAUGUCUUUUUUUUUUCUUGCUGUAAUUGUUUUUUUUCUUAUUUUUCCUUCAUGUGAAUAGUGUUUUGGGUUUCGGGUUUUCGGGGUUUUUUUAUGGCUUUAUUUUGUGUAGUAUUGUUGUUUUCUUUGGUGGUGUAAGUUUUUAUUAGUGUUUUGUUGGAUGGGAAGUUUGUUACAUUUGGAACUUUAAAAUGUUUAAAUUAAAUUCAAUUAAUUGA